AACUGUGGCGUACAAUUUAAACAGUUGUGAAAUACGCAGAGAAAACUAACUGCAGCCAUUUUACAUAUUUUUAUCUGCUACUCUCUUUUUACUAGUUAUAACUCCGAGCCCAACAGCUGUAGUUCGAGGAUUACAGUAAAGGAAUAGUAACGGGCUUCGAGACCGUUACAUCACCUCCCGGCCAAUGAUGAAAAGAUUCGUCCUCGAAUCGGAAAAAAAACAACUAAUCUUCGAACUGCACAGUUAAAAUUUUAUACAAUUGUUUAUCUCUUUUUUUUUUUGAAACUGGCGACUACAUGAAUGGUGAUAGUGUGAUGUUUUUAUCACAUAGGAGAAAUACAAUCAUUAGUAAAAUUGUGGUACAGCUGCUAGAUUGGGAUUGUGUAUUUCUUCUUUUUGGGAUUUUACAAUUGUAGUUUAAGAUGAACAGAUUGUAUAAUGUACUGCUUGUUACAGAAAAACACUAGGAUAAUGCAAAGAAAAAUGCAUUCAUGUGACUCAUAAUAUGAUAGGAUCGCACCAUUCCUAUGUGUUCAAAAUUGAUUUCUUACUGUUUAUUUUACUUUCUUCACUAUUUUAUCUUCUCGUAACAACUUCUUAAAUACACUCUGACAACGUAACAACUUCGCGAUACACUAUGACAAAUUUGCGUCUUGACUGACAUUAAUCGAGUUGGAGAGAGAGAAAAGAUAAGUAUGAACUAUGUACUUAACUAAAACUUGACCAAGCGAGAAUACCUUUCCACUUUUCUUAAACUAUAUGAAGAGAGUAAGAAAAAGGAGCUUUCAUCUCAAUACCAAUAUAUGUGUCACGUGAUUGUAUAAAGAAAUAACAAAAGAAUAGAUAAAUGUAGAUAAAUAUUCGCGUCUUACAAAAUAUCUACGAAGAAAUUUGAAACGGAAAAUAGUACGAUCUCAAACGUUCGACAUGUAUCACCUCAAUUACGCGAUUAUCUACUAAGAAUAUUAUUUGAUAAUCUAUGGGCGUAAUUUUCUUCGUAAUUUAGAAUGGACCGAUCCAAUGCGAUUCUAUUUUAGGAGCUUUGCAUUUGCCUAAAGCGCUGCCGACUGUAGUAGCCAUCAUCACGAGAUCGCCUACUUUAAAAUGCACAUCUUUGCGAUGUUGAUUAUAGUUUGAACGUUGGUUUUGUUGUGCGAUUUCUAGAUUAUGACGUACGAAGUCGAAAGCAGGCAAAAGAUUACUUGUAAAUCGAUCGCGAUAAUUUCGAACUUCGCAAUUGUUUACAUGUCGAUCACUCGUUCGGUUAUUUAAACCAAAUAACACGUCGAGCGGUAAUCGAGGCUCGCGACAAUUACUUCUAUCUUUAUCUACGUAUCCUGCUAUCAUCGUUUUUACAGUAUUAUUAAUCCGCUCUGAUAGAUUAGUUUACGAAUGACAGAGAGAUGUUCUAUUUGAAGAAGAUGUAGAGUUUCUUCAGAUUUGUUUUAUAUUUCUUUGCAUCUGAUAAUACAUAUUGUGAUGAUCUAAAAUUGAGUGAUAUUAUUGACGAUAAAAGCUUAUAUAAAAUACAUGAUAUUGUUAAAGUUAAAUUCGGGAACGAUAUAUAUGAAGGUGAAAUACUUGGAACAUCAGAUAUUAAAGAAGAAUUAAAACAAUAUUAUCCACAAAAUCUUGAAGAAAAAAAUAAUCGUAACAGAAUUAUAUCAACAGAUCAAAGAACAGCAAUACAAAGUUCAAAAGAAAAUAACGAAUAUAAAUUAUUAAAUGACGCUAUAGGACAACAAGAUCAAAUAUUAACAUUCGUACAAGAUAUAUAUGGCUGUACAAACACUGAUUUUAUUGAUGAACAGGUUAUACAUUCAACAACGCCACAGAAUACGUAUCCAUAUAAUUUUAAUGAUAGUUUCCAAGAUGAUGAAAACAUAUACGAUCUAGAUAAUCAUUCUAUAGUUACAUCAUUUUUAAGUAAGAUCAUAGAUAAAGAUAACGAUGAAUCAUCUGAGGUUAUUCACAUAUCAGAUCCAAAUGAUCAAUCAAUUGUAUACAAUGUUAAUAAACAAAAAUAUUUAUAUGCUAAAGAACGUUCUGACAAUGAUCUUAGUGAAGAAGGUACAAUGUAUCUAGUACAAGAAUUGGUUUUCCACAUAUUUACACCUGAAGAACAGGAACAUUGUUCCGCGGACGGGAAAAUACAACGAACAAGAUCAUUUGAUACUGAUAAAUUUCGUACCAUUGAUCAUCAUUUAUAUACACUUUAUGAUGUGCGUUAUUCCACAUACAGACAGAGUAGACGUUUUCCUACCGAUUUACGUCGAAAACAAAGAUCAUUUAAGGGCAAUCAAAAAAGAAAAAAAUGUUAG